AUGAAUGUGGAACAUGAAAUUAGCCUCUUAGUUGAGGAGAUUCGGCGGCUGGGAACCAAAAAUGCUGAUGGACAAGUGAGCGUGAAAUUUGGUGUGCUCUUUGCUGAUGAAAAGUGUGCCAACCUCUUUGAAGCCCUAGUGGGAACUCUUAAGGCUGCGAAACGGCGGAAGAUUGUCUCUUAUCAAGGGGAGCUACUUUUACAAGGUGUUCAUGACAACGUUGAUAUUAUGCUGCUGCAGGACUGAUGCAGUGUUUCAACUAUGCAUUAAUGGAAUUGUUUGAGAUGGUGACCUCCAACAUCCUCUGAAUAAGGCUGAUUGUUCUAAGGUGUUUUGGUGCAUUUUCUAUAUCUUUAUAGUCAAAAGGAAACUGUCCUAUUUUGGAAAACAUUCCCUUUUGUAAUUCUUCCUAAAAUGGUAC